AGAGAGAGAGAUUGUCUUUUCUCACAGCAUUACCAUUGAUUUUUUGAUUUUUCUGUUUCUCCUGAAAGCUUUGAUGAUUGAAACCUGUUUUUAUCUUCUGCAUGUCAGUUUUGAGGGCAUCUCUGAGACAUGCAUGAAUGCAUGCAGGUCUCUCUCUCUCUUAUCUUUUCCUGAUUUAAAAGAAAAGGUACAGAUGAAUUCAAUAAAGAUGCUUGCAUGUGGUGAGAAUUCUACAUUUGCUGGAUAUUUUCCUUCAUGAAUGUUCAACAAAACUUCAAAUUCUUGCAUUUUUGCUCUGCUUGCAGCUUGAUCAGUGUCUGAGGCCUAAUGACACACACCUCUCCUGUUUAAAAUCUUCUCACAAAUCCCUAAGAACAACCCACAUCAUGUAUCCCACGUUCGCCUCAUUUGAACAAGAUCCAAAACCAUUACAGUUCCGAAUCCCGCCUUACAACAUCAGCCUCCACACUCUUCAAUUCCAACACCAGAUUAUGAUUCCCAAUCCUGUAAAGCCCGUGAAUUAUCUGGCAGCGGAAGCCAAUUGUGAGGACUCUAAUGGGCGGAAAUGCGAGCGUCAAGACAGUGACCAGAACGAAGAUUUUGCUGCGGAAGAUGGGCCAGAGCAGUAUGGGUUGCAUGGAGGUGAUGAGGAUGGUAUUGAGAAUAUGGGAAUUGGGUUUGUUUCGCAAUACCCACAGCAGAUGAUGGAUGGCUUUGGUGUGGAUGUUUCGAGUGGCGGAGAGUAUCGGAAGGAGGGGUCAGAGAAUGCAAUGGGAGCUGUGACAGCAGCUGAGAGGAGGCAUAGGAGGAUGAUCAAGAACAGGGAAUCAGCUGCCAGAUCUAGAGCAAGGAAACAGGCUUACACUUCACAGCUUGAGAUUGAAGUUGGGGAGCUUAAAAUGGAAAAUGCCUUGCUCAAGAAAAGAAGAAAGGUAAGAGGUUUGUUAAACCUACAUGCACAUGCAGGGAGUCCUUUAUGCACCACCUCGUGUGGUAAUGUGGUACACAUGUUUGAGAUCCAAGGCAUCCAUCAGAUGGGCCCGUGUGUAGACGCCCCUGCCAAAAUUCAGGCAAGUAGAUUCAUCGAACAUACCAUGAUGUUAGAAACAAAAGGAUAGUUUAGAAAAGGUUUGGCUUUUCUUUUUCCUUUUUUCCAUCCAUUACUUCGUAAACUCUAGCAAAAUGAAUCAGCAGAUGUGCCUGAUUUUUAGUCAUGGGCAUCUGCCUGAUGAGGACCCAUCUGAUGGAUGGCUUGGAUCUUGCACAUGUGCCAUUUUGGCACAUGGGUGGCAUGUAGAUGGGCCCCCCUUGUGAAUGCAUGUGUUAUAUACAGGUAGCAAAACUAUUCUAAUCAUGGUUUUUAGACUCAGUGACUUGGAUUGACUUGUUUGUCGUCGAGUCGAAUCCUGACUCACCCAAUUAGUUGGGGUGGCCUUGUGAUAUCAAGUGGGAUCAGGUAGUAGUGAAGCUGAGCCGACUCGAACGAGUUGUACCAGACUUGUCCGAGUCUUAAAACCAUGCUUCUAACAAUGCGAUAACUCAGGUCUGUUUUGUUGUUUACAUUUGGUUGCAGGCGCUUGAAGAUAUUGCAGCUGCAGCACCUGCACAACCUUAUGAAGUCCCACAGAAGGCCCAUUCGGCGUCAUUCUGAGUCAGUUGACAUACACCGUGCAAUGGCGUAUAUUCCCUCUGUGAGAGUUGUCUUAUAAGAAUAUAGGAAUAAGAUUUUACAUGCUACGAAUAGUGGAUGAAAUUAAGCACAAAAUUUUAAAUAAUUAAAAAAAGAAAAUAAAAGAAAAGAUAAACGGGUUGUUAUACAAAGAGGAGUGUUAAUAUGCAGGUGGGUGCAUAAAAGUCCUAUGCAGUUCCUUCCUUGUGGUAGAGCGGCUAACAUGUAUGGUGAUCAGGACCUUUGUUCUGCAUCCCAUCAUGUGGAUUGGUCCAGCCCCGAAAAAUGUGGAAGAUUAGACUAUGGUAACUAUCCAACCAGUGAUCUAAAGAAGGGAUGGUUUGAGCAGCAGUCAUUCUACCAUCAGAAGUCAAAGCAACUGGAUGUAGUUGUUCACUUGCUCUACUUUUCACCUAUAAUCUAUGCACUGGGUGGCCCACCAGACUGGCUUUCUUGAUCACCAUACAUGCUUGCCACAUGUAUGUGAGGAGGGUACUGCAAAGAACUUGUGUGCACCAGCUCGCAUGCUAGCAUUCCUCUUGUAGAAAGGAGAAAAUGGGAAGUCCUUGCAGGGAUCAUAUGCAUAGUGAGAGCAGUUAUAUGUUUUCUAGUAUGUGCAUCCAAAUGGGCUUUUAUUAUGGUGAAAUGAUCCAGUGCUCUCAGAGCACAGUAAAUUAUAGUCCUCCUAAUUGCAUUUAGACACUUGAAUAGUCCAAUCAACUGAUCUGGCCACGCAU